AUGCAACUUGUUGCGGUUCUGGCGCUCGCCUUUCUUCUGUUAUCUGGAGCAGCUGAUAAAACCUCAAUAAAUGAUACUGUCAGCAACUUGCUCAAGAAGAGGCCAAGUACUAAAGUCGUCAAGGCCUUACUUUUGGCGUCAAAUUUGAGUGAUUAUGUUGAUGAGAGCGAAUUCGAUGAUUUACACGAGUUUUUGCACUACAUUGCCACGUAAGACACGCUGUAAAAGAUGUUAUAGUUUCCUGUUGCUUUCAGAUACAACCGUCAAUACAGAAAUCUAGCGGAGGUUCGACAAAAAUUUAAAGCUGUCCAAAGAGCUUUGAAAUUUAUCAAAAUGCUAAACGAAAAGAAUCCGUUGGCCAAAUUUGGGUUGACUGAAAGAAGCGACCGUCCAAGAACACAUCGACAAAGGCAUCAUGAUAUGAAUCUAACUGCCAGAACCAGGAGUAAGGGCUUUUUCUUGGACUUGUAGGACUGCUCUAGUAGAUAUACAGAGCUUUUAGGAAUUUCUGAAUAUAGAAAACGCAUGGUGAAGAAUAUCUCAAAGACUUUUUUGACCAUUUCAACAUUACGACUUGCAUAAUGACCCAUUUUCAGGCCCCCUUCCAGAAUUCCCAAACAAUUCAACACCAGAAACGUAUAACUGGCGCGACCACGAAGGGGUUACCUCAGUAAAAAAGCAAGGCGACUGCGAAAGCUCUUACGUCUUCGCCGCCGUUGCAGCCGUCGAAAGUCAAUGGUUAAUCUAUAAAAAAGACUACUGGGAUCUGAGCGAGAACCAAGUGCUCAGCUGCACCUACAACAACCCUGAAUACAAGAGUUGUAAAGGAUGCCUGGGAGGACUUGCAAGUGACGCUUUGAGCUACAUCAAGGCCAGAGGAAUUACCGAGGAAUCGGAAUCAGGGUACAACGAUCAUUUUCUUCCUCCGGUUUGCUCGAAAGGUCCCGUUGUUGCAACAAUCAAUGCGACGAAGUCCUGGCAGAAUGUGGACGAGGAAAAACUGCGGAGCGUUGUGUAUAACAUUGGUCCGGUUGUUGUUAGUAAGUACAUAGUGUUAUAUAAUCAGGAUAAUCUAUAUUUCCUGUAUAUCCGAUCCUAUAAAAGUGGAUUUCUUUACAAGCUUGACGACCUUGCCUUUUCACGCUCUGAUCGUUGUCAAUAUUACACUUUUAGCUGUCCAAGCCGACGUCCUUGAGUUUUACAAGCAAGGGAUUAUCAGCAUUCAACUAACAGAUUUGGUGCCCAACCACUCCUUAUUACUCGUCGGAUACGGAGAGGAGAACGGCAGAAAAUACUGGAUCCUGAAAACCUCGUGGGGAGCACAUUACGGAGAAGAUGGAUACGUCCGAAUCGAAAGAGGAUUCAAUGUCCUGGGGCUUGCAAGACAGGUCGAUGCCGCAAUAGUGUAAGAACUCGUUCUUCGCGACAUUCGUUUUUACAAGGAAAGUACUUCUAUGGGGUGUGGAAUUACCGGUCGAGAUAUAUAUCAAAAAAUUCGCAAAAAUUUUCUGAUUCAGAAUAUAUAUAAAUUAGCUGCCUAAUUUUGGUCUGAUGACAUGUUUUUGUCCUCAGAAGUUUUCUCGCGACACAAUGCAAGUGUCUUUUUGACCGUGUUUUUACCAAUAAAAAAAUUUUGUUUUGUGCUAAAAUAAAUUUUGAGGCCUUGACAAGCCUUAAAAUAUCAAAUUGGAUUACAACUACACCUUAAAAGUAGUUCUAAUGUAAAAAAUGGGUUCUAGUGUGGCAAAAGGAAUCGAACCCGUCCCCUUCGGAUUCCCAAUCUAG